UUGUAAGUAAAAAAAAAAAGGAGAAUUAAAAUAACAUGAACAAAAAUUAUAAUCUUUGUAAUGGAGAAACAAUCUUGUUUAAUAUGAUCUUGUCAAGAACAUCAUGCUAUGGCUUAAUUAAGGAAUUUAUGUGGCUCAAAUUGUGAUGUUUCUAGUUUGUUUUCUUGCAAUUGCCUCAUUUGUGAAGGGAUAUGGUAAAGGAAAAUGGAUCAAUGCUCAUGCUACAUUCUAUGGAGGUGGUGAUGCCUCAGGGACAAUGGGUGGUGCUUGUGGUUAUGGGAAUCUAUACAAUCAAGGUUAUGGAACAAAAACUGCAGCUUUAAGCACAGCUUUGUUCAACAAUGGAUUGAGUUGUGGAUCUUGUUAUGAGAUUAAAUGUGUGAAUGAACACAAAUGGUGUUUGUCAGGUUCUAUUAAAGUAACAGCAACCAAUUUUUGUCCACCUGGUGGCUGGUGCAAUCCUCCUCUUCACCACUUUGAUCUUUCUCAGCCUAUUUUUCAGCACAUUGCUCAAUAUAAAGCUGGAAUUGUACCUAUUGCUUAUAGAAGGAUACCCUGCAGAAGAAAGGGAGGCAUCAGGUUCACCAUCAAUGGACACUCUUACUUCAACUUAGUACUUGUGACUAACGUUGGCGGUGCUGGUGAUGUUCAUGCUGUAGCCAUCAAAGGAUCAAAAACACAAUGGCAAUCAAUGUCAAGGAAUUGGGGCCAAAACUAGCAAAGCAACAGUUUACUAAAUGGACAAAGCCUUUCAUUUAAAGUUACUACUAGUGAUGGACAUAGUGUAGUCUCUAAGAAUGUUGCCCCUCCUAGUUGGUCUUUUGGCCAGACAUACACUGGUGUGUUAAGGGUCCAGCCCAUUGAUGGGUGGCCCAUAUAUUUUGGGCCUUGUUGACUCCUUCUAGAAGUCUUUGGCAGCUGAUGUUAAGGGGCUGGGGUUUUGUUUUGGACGUGCAGAGAGAGAAAGAGA